AUGAAUUCAAAAGUCAGUGAAGCUUGGGAAAAGGAAUACAAGUUACCCUGCAAUUCCUCUCAAAAAUCUUUCCUGCCGCUCGUUUUGCCACUAACAGACCAACCUUGUGCCUCAUUUUCAAGAAUGGACGAGAACGAAAAGAUUGGCUUGAAUUGCUGGACGGUGGGAACUUCCGCCAAGGAUGCUAUUUUAAUCAAGAUAAGACCCAACAAAAAUGUACACGAUCUAAAGAGAGCAAUAUGGAAGGCACAAGAACUCAAGAGUUUUGAAAAGCUGAGCUCGCUCUCUUUGAUGAAAGUCGAUCUCGAUUUUCAAGUAUCAAAUGACCAGGCAAACCACCUCGAUGAAAACUCAGUAAUGGAGGCGCGCUUCCCACUAUCCAAUUACUGGUCGUCACAACCGCCUUCCGACCGCAUUCAUGUUGUCGUGAGAACUAAUGUCGCCCCAGCGAAAACGCCUCCUCGAAAGCAAUAUCAAUACGAAAUCACCCCAUCGAAGGAUGAGGUAACUCGCAGGACGGAGCGCCUAGAGCCCUCUACUAAGGAUAGAAUCGUAAAAUUAUUGAAAAAUGGGGUCGAAUUGCCCCGUUGGAGGCUUCAACAUGGCCCUGAAGAGAUGUGUGAAUGGGUUGAUCGGUUAGAGUUGCCCGCCCUAAAACCAAACUCGCCCUUCCCAUCACUUCUACUCCACAAGUUAGGCAAAAUGACUCACGACAAGCACCUGUCGGAACAUUUGGUGACCAUCUUGGAUCACCUUGAGAUUCCUGGUCGUCUCAUCCCACUCCCUCAAGAGAACAUUACGGAGACACUAAAUCGGAACCAGGUUGAUGGUGAAAUUGUGGAGGAACACAAAAGACAGUGGCUUCUUGUUCAAGUUGUACCCGAGCAACUCCUGGGGGCUGAUAUAUUCGAAGGUUAUCUUCAUGCUCUAGGUAGACCAUCUUUUGAUGAUCUCCAUGAAUACAUCUCCAACGAGAAACUCAAUAUCUACAAUCUUCUACGAGAAGACAAGAUAUUUUGUGUACUGGAUGAAGCACAAAGCCUUACACACAAAUUCGAAAAUUGUUUUCGAUCCGACAAAGACAGGACAGUGCCUCGACCUAUCCUUCGCGAACUGAUCAACACCUGGGGAAAAAAGGUUUAUGUCGUUAUAUGUGGAACUGGGAUUUCGAUGCAAAAAAUGAAGAACGCUACCAAUUCUGCAAUUGUAAAACUCGACGAGAAAUUGCCGCCAUGGACCGAUGUCGGCGCAUUCGAUACCAAAGAAUCCCAAACCCUCUAUUUGGCUCAAUACCUCCCUUCCAAUUAUAUGAACUCCCUCUUGGCUGAAAGAUUGGAAUAUUGGUUGUGCGGCAGAUACCGAUUUACCACCACAUAUCUCCAAUUCCUAUUGAAGAAUGGUCUGGGGUCCCCGCACUCAGUAUUGAACGAAUACAUUUUGGCAGUGACAAAUCGUGAAGUUGCCGAAGAAGGAUUACCACAAGAAAGUCCUCUUCGUUCAGGCCUCAAGUCAGAAAUUAAGGAACGUAUGUCUGGUCAGGAAGCCGAUUUCAUUAGCCUCCAGAAGAAGUUUGACGAAGAACCAAGCUUCAAGCACACUUUCACUUCCUUUUUCUACGAAUGCCUGCUCACUGGCAAAAUGAGAAGUGUGGGUGGGGAGAGUGGUGAUCUCCUAGUCGAAUUGGGAAUCUCUAGGUUCAAACAAUCUGGACCUGAACAAGCUCGAGAGGCUGAAACAACUGAACGCAUCAUGAUUCUGAAAUUAUGCGACUUCUUCGAAACCUUAAAAAUGACAAUGGAAAGUCAUUUGAUUCAUGAACUCGGGGCCAGCAAUCCGUCUUCCAGAGGCAUAGCCUUUGAGCCUUUUGGAGCCUUUCUCCUUGCUCGGGCUUUCUCUUCUCCGAGGCCUCUCUCCGAGGUUUUCGACUUUCUUGAAAAUUGUACAAUCCAAGACGAACCAGCAGAACUGGUCACGCUAAGAAAGAUCGACGGUCAGUUCAAGUGUACACGUCUCGAUAUCAAAUCCGAUAUGCAAUCACAAAACAUCGGCCGCUCUCCUUCUGACCCUGAAGCCAUGUUGGAAUGGCUCGAGGAUCCAAAAGGAGUUGCAUUCUGCUUCCCUCCCAAUACAGUCGGGCCUGACCUUGUACUGGUACUUCGAUUGACGCGAACUAACACCGUUCUUCGCGUGGUUGUCCAGUUUAAAAAUACAGCAAAUUUGUCUGGGACGGCGCGGGCGAAGGAGACUCGGGAACUGAGGGAGUCCAGGAUAGCGACCACCAUAGCCCAUCACAGGUUAGAG